AGGAAUGAGAUGUGCAACAGAAGAAACAUCCGAGCCAAAAGAGAUCCGAUACAUAAUCCAUCCGGCAGUUUUAUGAAGUUGUUGCACAAACAAGAGAUUUGAUAUUUUAAAUAGGCUUUAAGUGUUUGUUUAUUCAGUUCUUUGUGCCAAUUAAUAUUUUGUUUAUGCAAAAUGUCAUCGGAAGACGAAUCAGUGUCCGAAAGACCAAUUACACCAUCCAGGCGGCGGACAAACAUGCCACUGCUGCGGUCUCAAAGCCGACAGGACGAGAUCCGGUUGGCUUGUCUCAAAGGAGAUCUCACCUCGCUCGAGACCUUGAUUAGAGGAAAUGUUGAAAAGAUAAACGAUCUUUUUGAGGAUGGAUGGACUCCUCUCAUGGUCGCUGUUAAUGGGGCAAACCCACCUGUGGUCAAAUUUCUACUGUUACAAGGAGCUGAUCCAAAUAGGUGUCGAACGGAUGGAUUUUCCCCACUGAUGGCAGCAUUAACUUCGUCUCGGAGUCGUGUCCUUGUCCAACAAUGUGCUCAACUUUUAGUUGACGCUGGUGCAGAUGUGAGUUGUCGGAGUGAGGACGGUCUGACGCCAUUGCUGCUGGCUGUCAAAGAUAACCGAGUUCCGGUCGUGGAUCUGUUGGUGUUUCAUGGGGCUGAUCUGGACGCCACGGACAACAGUGGUCGCACGGCAUCUCAACUUGCGAAAGAGCGCAACUAUGAUCAGAUUUUACUAACCCUGCACAAGAAGGAAGUAGACGAUCCAAGAUAUCUCCAAAGUCAUAACGUUGACGACAAUCGUCACAGUUUGCAAAGCGAAACAAUGACACCGAACAAUAAAGACGUGCCAAAACUAAUUACUGGUUCGGAUACAAGUGAUAUUUUCAGGGAUGAUGGAAAUAUUGUGAAACCAAAAGAAACGCUUGUGUCACCACCAAUAAUUUCUAUAGAAGAGGGAAGCAGCGAUUUAAAUGUCAAUUGUAAUGCAAUCGAUGACAAAAAUUUUGAACCACCGAAUCCAUCAGUUCAAACCCCUAUAUCAAUAAAGGAUGAGAUGGAACAAUCCGUAGAAAUGGUUAACAAGGACAAAUUAUUAUCAGAAAUGGACAAUGAUGUUCCUCAAAGCAAUGAUGGCAAAUGCCAACCGUCUGAGAAAUCUGUUCCUUCUUCACCAGCUUUAUCCACUCCAUAUUCCUCUUCUUCCAAUGUUCCCAGCAAUAGUGAAACUCGUGGACAUGAGGGUUCGUCGUCAAUGCUAAAAUUCGGAAUCGCCGUUGGGGUAUUUGUUUCAAUGGUGGGCGUUUAUUAUGCAAAGUUUUACUUGCAGAAACAAUGAAUAAUAUUGUUGAUUUCUGUUCUACACACCACAAUAAGUUAUUCUAUGGUGUAGAAAUAAUAUAUAGUCUUUCAAGUAACUUGUAUUACAUUAUUUUGUGAUAUAGAAAUUCAAAAUAAAUAUUUUAGUGCA